AUGAGCGGUCGAGCACCUAACGCAGCGGGAAAACAUCAGCCAAGAAAGAUGUUCAAACGGGCCAGCCAGCAACAACAAGAAACAACAUUGAAUGGCAACCACAACAAUAGCUCGGAGGAAACUAAAAGAAAACGAGUCUUUACAAAGAAUGGUAGUAGAAAAGGAGAAGUUUCUGAUGAUAGUGAGGAUGAAAGAGAAGUUAAAAGAUAUCAAAAAGACACAGAAGGUGAUGAUGAUAUUGAAAAUAAUGAACAAUUAAAAGCACUAUUAAAAGGAUCAUCGGAGAUAAUUGAACAACGAAUUUCAUUUGUGAAGGCACAACUUCCUGACAAUUAUGAAAAUGUUUUUUCAAAGAUGAAACCAAUUAAUGGCACUUCCACGAAUGUUUUUGUUUAUGACCACCAAGCAGAUAAUUCAAAAGAAAAUUCAGAAAAGCACACAUCAAAAUCAUCAACAUCAUCAUCUGCAACACCAGAAGCAAAAAAGGGUGAUGAUAUUGAACAUAACAAGGAAUUGGAUCCUCCAAAUAUGUUCCUCAUUCCUCGUGAAAAGAUUAUUUCUUUGAAUAGUUGGACAGAAAUUAAAAAGAUUGGACCUGGUUUACAAAAUCUUGGAAAUACUUGUUUCAUGAAUGCUGCACUUCAAUGCUUGAUGUACACACCUGCUUUGAGAAACUUUUUACUUUCUAGAAAGAUUGGAGAACAAUCGAAAAAGUUCAAUGCACUUGAUGCCAUGUCACUCCUUGCAAGAGAAAUGUUUUUAGGAAAUGAAACAUCUUCUGGUAGAUCUUCAAGAUCUAAUGUUGUUUCUCCUGGUUUUAUUGCCAAACAUUUGAAAGGUAUUGGUGGAUUUGUUUUGGGGUAUCAAGAAGAUGCACACGAGUUUAUUGUUCAAUUACUUGACAAGAUGGAGAAUGCUAUCGUAGAGAAAUAUAAGGGAAAGAUGGAUAAUAUAGUAUUGGAAACUAAUCCUGUUCAUCAAGUUUUUGGUGGCUAUUUGAGAAGCCAAAUUAAGACUAUGGAAACAAAUUACAUUUCCAACAAGUAUGACGCAUUUAUUGAUAUUGAACUUCAACUCAAUAAUUGUACAUCAGUUGAAAAAUCAUUCCAAAAUUAUAUUACUCCUGACAGAUUGGAUGGAAAGAACAAGUACAAGUGUCCAAAAACUAAUACCUAUGUCACAGCUUCUAAAAAGCUUACAAUUCACGAGGCUCCAAUUAAUUUAAUUCUCCAACUCAAACGUUUUAACAUUUUCGGAAAGAAGGUUAGCAAAAAGAUUUCAUACGAAGACACCCUCGAUAUUUCCCCAUACAUGAGCAAUAAGAAUACUGUUGCUCGUUACAGUUUAUAUGGUGUUCUUGUACACUCUGGAGGGUCCUCUAGUUCUGGUCACUAUUACUCAUUUGUGAAAAAUAGUAAUGGUAUUUGGUAUAGAAUGGAUGAUAGUUCUGUCACUCAAGUCAGUCAAAAUACAGCACUUGGUCAACAAGCUUACAUGUUAUUUUACUCGAGAAAUAUGGAUGAUUUCAAGUCUGAUAAGUGUACUGCAAUUUUCAAGGAAUCUGUCAAAAAGUGGCAAGAAAUUCAAUCACCAAGCUCAACAUCAUCCAGUCCAGCAACAGGCUCAUCUGAUGACAAGAUGGAAGAUGACGAUGAAAAAGAAUCAGUCAUUCGUAAAAAACAAUCAAACCAAUCUAAACAACCAACUAGUACUACUACCACAAUUAUCGAUACAAAUAAUACAUCUGCCACGACCAAUGAAGAAAAAGCUAGCGAUUCAAAGAAACCAACAAACCUUUCCAUUCCUAAGACUACCUCAACAUCUGCCAAGCUUACUACACCUCCUUCAAAACUAGAACCACCAAGUCCUUUCUAUGCUCCAAUUAGAAUUGAUAUUCUUGAAAAGUUGACACCUCAAAAACUUCAAGUCCUUAAAUCUAUGAGAUCAGUUCCACCUAUCAAUAUUAUGAGAGGUGUUGGAGGUUUGCUCUCACCAAUUACUCUCUCUUCUUCCUCUUCAUCUAAUAUUGAAGCAAUGUGGGUCAAUAAGAAUCACUUGGAUGGUCUUAAGAAGAAUAUCGUUUCUACUGAAAAAUUAUUUCGAGUUAAUGUUCCUUCUACGCCGAUCAAAACUUUAAAUGGAGACGAUGGAAAACCACAAAAUCCAUUCUCUCUCGAUAAUUACACUUCUGAUUCUCCAAUAUUCUCGCCAAGUCAAACUAAAACAGAUGUCUUUGAAAAGAAGGGUCAAAAGAGAAAGUUCGAUGACUAUGAAUCAGAUCAAUCAGGCAGCGAUAAUGAAACAUCUGAAGAGCCAACAACACAAUCCGUCAAGAUAUCUGCCAAUCAACUCUUUAAGGGUGCUAGCUCUCAAUACUCUGAGGAUGUAGAUGUUUGGGAUGAUGAGGAAACUCAAGAAAAGGCAAAGCAACAAAAGAUUUUCAAUGAAAAAGUUAUUGCACCAAAAGUCUUUGGGAGGGAUGAAUAUGAUAGAGCAUUAGAUGCUGGUAAAACUAAAAAGAUAAGAAAGAAGCAAAAUCCAGAAGAUUGGGAAGAUAGUAAUUUUGCAUUCCAACAAGUCUCAGAAAGAAAACACAAAAGAAAAUAAAUAAUUUAUUUCGUAUUU